UACUCACUCUUAAUCCAUCCUAUAUCAAUGCAAAGAACAUUAGCAGCUAGCUAGCUUACCUUUAUACAGUACUAUUUCGUUGAAAUUCUCAGCCUUUGCUAGUGAUUUUGUUUCCGCUUGUUAACCUUGAAAAUGGCACAUUACCAAAACAAAUACAGAGCAGCCCAAACUAACGCGUAUGGCAACGUUAUCCGCACAAACGAAUACGGCAAAGCUAUCCGCACAGACGACGGCAACGUUAUCCGCACAGACGAAUGCGGCACCGUUAUCCGCACAGACGAAUACGGCAACGUUAACCGCACAGGCGGCAAAGUUAUCUGCACAAACGAAUACGGCAACGUUAUCCGCACAGACGAAUUCGGCAACGUUAUCCACGCAGACGAAUACGGCAACAUUAUCCGCACAGACGAAUACGGCAACGUUAUCCACACAGACGAAUACGGCAACGUUAACCGCACAGACAAAUACGGCAAUGUUAUCCGCACAGACGGCAAAGUUAUCCGCAUAGACGAAUACGGCAACAUUAUCCACACAGACGAAUACGGCAACGUGAUUCAUACGGAUGAGUAUGGCAACCCAAUCCGCCACAGAGGCACUACUCUCCAAGGUGUGCAGCACCAGCACCGUCAUGACCAUUACGGCAAGCUUCAUCGCUCUGGAAGCUCAAGUUCCCCUGAGUACGAUGGCCAAGGCGGCUGCAACGUUAUCAUCAUGAAUUAUCAUCAUUAUGAUCAUCCAUAGAAGAAGGGUGUGUGAUGGAAAACAUCAAAGAGAAGCUUCCUGGGCACCGUAGUACUACUUAUGAUCAGCAUAACCAGCACUACUAGUUGUCGCAUUUCU